AUGAAACUUUUUGCUCUCGCUGCGACUCCGGCUUUGGCGGAAAAAUCCGCUGAUCCGACUCCCUGGUUCAUUUCUCUCGAAGACGAGCCGCAAAAAUUCGCGGAAGAACCCUACACUCCCUACUGUUUGACGAAAGACAUCAACGGCGAGCUCAAAGCUAUCACCGAAGCCAACUUCUGCGACGGCGUUGCUGAUUGCCCCGAAGGAGAAGAUGAAGACGGCCGACUCGCGAUUUGCAACCAGCCGACUACUGAGAGCGGCUGCUGCGCGGAAAUCAAGGUCAACUGGAGCGGAGCAACUUGCUAUGCUCUCGACACUUACAGGGACAAAGACCGAUAUUUCUGCCGAGAAUACUAUCCAAAUGGAAUCGACUUCAUCACCCGUGAGCUCCGCUGGGAACCCUACCACGGCUGGUUCUACACCGACUUUGUCGGCAACUGGGGCUACUUCGCUGUUGGCAACUGGCAGCACGACGCAACUUGUAUCGGUGAGCACGGCGAGUUUGAAGAUAACUACAGCUGGACAGGAUACAAUUUGGCACUGAGCUGCAACGAUGAAGCCCCAGCUCCUCGACCAGCACCCUGUGCUCAUCAUACUUGCCCGGACAACAAGAUGUGCUCGAAUAACUUGGAUGUCGAAGGAGGAUACGAAUGCGUCAAGAGAGACAACGUCAGAGAUCAAUCCUUGAAGAGAAUCAACACCAUCGAAGGACACAUUCAGAGACUUUACGACUCCGUGACUGGAACCAGAGCUGGUGACCGAUUUAUUUUCCGAAUGAAUAAAGUCUUGACCUGGGCGAAAAACUCCUGGACUGGCGAAUCCUGCCACGAAGGCGCUGCUGAAGAUGCUGAAGAUGUCAACGUCUUCUCGAAAGACAACAUGUGCAAGCUCAAUGGUCAAAUCAACUCUGCUCUGAACAGCUGGGCGAGAAAUUUCGCCUGCUCUGGCGACAAGGAUUACUCGAGGAAGAUCAUCAAAGCAGCGAGAAAAAAUCGAAACUUCUUCGAUGUCAAAAAUGAUUGUUGA